UCUCAGCAGGUGCAGGGGAAUUCUGUCUUUGGGGCCCAUCCAAGUUUGUGUUCUCCUUGCUCAAAGAACGUACCCAACCUAAGGAAGGACCGACCACCACCUAAAGUGUAACUGCCGGGCUUUUGCCCACAACCCAGAUUGAUCGAUCAAUCACUUGAUCAAAGACUCUACAACCGCCAGCAACACCUUUCUUCUACUUUGCCGACGUUACAACACACUUCAUGCAUCUCACUUAUUGAUCAACACAUACGGCCGGCACCUUGGAUCGCCUGACUGGUCUUUAUCAAAAGCCUGACCAAGUCAGGAGCCACAGAAGACCGGACCCAAUUACCACCGCCAACAGCAACAUUUUAAUCAUGACCGAAUCCUUCCCGACCCCAACUACGACGCCGAAGCGCAAGCGAGACGAACAAGUUCCGUUAUCUCCUAUAUACACUACCUCAAAAUUCUCCUUCCAACUUCCCGAUGCUAAGAGCGACGAGGACGGAAGUGCAAGCCCUCACAGCAAGGUCGUCCACAAGUUCCGUGGCCUGGCACUGAGUGGCGGCGCUGGUGGUGGUGGUGGUGGUGGUGGGGGCGGGGUAGCCCAGCAACAAACUCAAGAGCAACAUUACCGAGAGGGUCCAUACGACCCGACGCGUGACGACCGGCACGACGGAUACAGCGACGACGGCCCGUUCGCAAGUCGGAAAAGAGCCAAGGUCCCCGAGCUGGAGAUGAAGGACGCCGACGCCGACGCCGCAGAACCCUUUGUCAUUCCGGACCCCGAUGUCAAGAGUGACCCAGUUCCCGCCGCGAAGCUCAAGUCAGUCACAGUUGUUGACCCCCCCGAUGCGACUGCCGGAGAUAUUCUUCAGCCCGUUGCAAUGACUGCCGCCGCUACGAAAUUGCAGCGCCCGCACGCCUCGAUCAGCCGACUGCAGGACCCCAAAACAAGAGAACGAAGACGCGCCGGCACCCCGCCGCUGAAGGGCCGCAAGGGAAAGGGCGCAGAAAUACAAGAUGAGGACCACGAGAUGAAGAUUGUGGAACCGGUCCGGGCCGCGCUGACAUGGAAGGAGGAAGAGAUAACGAUUUACGACCCGGAGGACGAGGACGACGACGGCACAGGCAUCAAUGGAGUUGGGUUCAUGCCGACGGCCGCCAUGGCCUACGCGCGGACGCAGAAGCGACGGCUGCAGCUGGCCGAGUACAAGAAAAGGGAGGAGAGUGAGGCCAGGGCCCGGCGCAACCAGCGGCGAAGAGGCAGCGGCCCUGGCUUGGGUUCCAAGCUUGACUCCAAAUCAUCUGGCAGCGGCGGCGGCGGCAGCGUGCGAAAGGUUCGUUUCACGGAGGCAGAACCGAACCCGGUCGCGACGAACGUGUGAG